GCGUGACUCGAUCAGCCAUGGUAUGCGCUGAUAGGAGAGAAAUAAUGACCAACGGGACGCACAAGUGUACCGUACGACGAAUGAUCGCGCGUCUCGGCGUGGUCGGUAGCGAGCCAAUCGCCGUUCCUAGGCACGCCCCUUGACUAUCCGCGACCAAUAGCAGAAGCCGAGAGGAUAAGAGACAUAGAAAUAAGCUCUCUCGGUGGGAGGGCGCAUGGAGGAGCACAUCGGAGAGUCUCUCGGUUGCCCCUCUCCACGCGCGGCUGUACCCACCCGAGAGAGAGUGGAAGCCCUUCUCUCACACGCAAAAGGGGACAUCUCAUCACGACUCUUGGUAGCAGGCACUUCUCCGUAGUGGGCACUCCACUCAUCGUGUCGUCGUACGGGUUCUCCGCGAGAGCCUGUGGAGCCUCCGCUCUCGGGUCGUGUGAGCGUGCGAGCGAGCAAGCGAACGAGCGAGCGAGCGCGAACGGCCGAGCGCGCCGGUUGAGUGGGUCUAAGCGGCCGUGAGGACCUCUCCAGGAGUACCCGACAGUCCUCUCCAUUCAUUCAUCCAUCCAUCCACCCAUCCAUCCAUCCAUCCGAGGAAGCGAGCGAGCGAGCAAGCAAGCGAGCUAGCGAACGAGCGAACGAACGAACGAACGAACGAACGUACCAACGAACGAACCAGCCAGCCAUCUAGUCAGCCAGAAAAUCAACCAGCCAGCCAGCUAGCCAGCCAGCCAGCCAGCCAGCCAACUCGCCAGCGAACCAACGAACAAAGUGCCAAGGCAAGACGAGGCGAAAGCCGGCUCGAGCCAGUUUAAGAAGCCAAGUCGAGCCUAGCCAGCGAGAAUCAUCCAAUCUAUCCAUCCAUUCAUCCAUCCAUUCAUCCAACCAACCAACCAAUCAGCCAGUCAGCCAACCAGCUAUCCAUCCAUAGACCUGCUACUACUAUUCUAGUGAGGAAGAAGGUGGAGGCAAAGAGCAGAGUGGUGUACAUCUACAGAGGGUCGAAGGACUCGAAGAGGGCCGCGAGUGAUUUCAGUCGGUCGGCGGCCGGCCUUGCCGGUCACUCUGCUCCCUCCUCGGCCGCCGACCGUCGCAUUGCCUUGUGUCGGAUCGGGAGUGAGUGUGCGAGUGCUCGCGUUACCGUUUGCCAUCCGUCGUCCGGAAAGGGCCGACGACGGCAUGGCGACGGUGAGAACAAACGAUCGUUCAACGAUCGGUCCGCGCGCAAACUUUCUAUCGUCAUUGAUGUCAUUAUCGUCGUCGUCGUCGAGGUGAAUAUCACCAAGGUGAACACAUCGCCGAAGUGAACGGCGCCUAGAGGUGAACGCCGUCGUGAAUGCUUACAAAAAGAAAAUGUGCCGUGUGUCGAGCCGAGGAGUCAGUGAGUGACGCCGUUAGCGUGUUAUUGCGCGCGCGAGGAAUCACCGUCGCGAGGAUUACCGCGAGGAUUACCGCCUCCGAGGUGAGCCGCUGCCCGCCGGCGAGCGUGGCAGCAGCUACGGUACCGUCGCGAUAGAUCGCUAUCCAUCCUCCGCUUCCUCCUCCUCCGCCUCCUCUUCCUCCUUUUACUACUCCUCAUGUCGCGCCGUUUUCGCGACUAGCACCGGCCUCACGAUUCCGCGAAGCACGAGCUUCAAGUACUUUGACGGCGUCGGGCUCGCCGAGAUGAGCGGUGGCAGCGGCGGCGGCGGCGGAGCUAGCGGUGCCAGCGGAAACGGCGCUGGAAAUCAGGCGAGCGGAAAUGCGACUACUUAUCAUCAGCAUCAACAACAGCAACAACAACAACAGCAACAACAACAACAGCAACAACAACAACAACAGCAGCAACAGCAGCAGCAACAACAGACGCAGCUAGAGCAGGCGAGUCUCCUGCCGGAUUUGAACAGCAUCGAUCUAGCGAUAAGUCUUUCGCCGAAGCAACACUCAUCGCACGUGCAGGCCGGGGGCGGCGCUCACACGACGCCGUUCAGCGUGACCGACAUCCUCUCGCCGAUGGAGGAGUCAUAUAGAAAGUUCGAUCUCGUGGCAGCGGCCGCGGCGGUCGGAGUCGGCGUCGGCGUCGGAGUAGGCGUUGUUAGCCACCCCCAGGGUUCGCCGUACGGUAACGCCUGCGGCGCGAGAGUCGCUGGUAACACCGGAAGUUCGAGCGCGAGCAGCGGGAGUCCACCGCUCCACGGCGGCUCGACGCCCGGCGGUAGCACGCCCGGUCCUGUUACCGGGAGCGCCGGGAACGGUAGCGCCGGUACCGCCGGCACCGCCGGAACUGCCGCCGGUGCCGGAGCCGGAGGUGCGGCCGGUGGGAGCGCCGCUGGGACACCCGGUAUGACCGCCAUGGGUAAUCCUUACGCCACGAUGCAGCUCACCUCGCAAUAUCAAUACUGUACCGCCGAACUUUCACCUUAUCAUCAUGCCGGCCCAACCGUCGCCGGUACCGCCACUGUUGCAGACCCCAUGAGAUCUCACGCCGUUUCGACUCAUCAUCAUCCUUGGUACGCACCGGCACCGCCGACCACCAACGAUCCCCGUUUUGCCAUCUCGCGGCUAAUGGGCGCCGCGGCGGCGGGCGCCGGGGCCAAUGUGGCCGGGUGCUCGGUGGGCCAGUCGAUGGGAGACGUUACCAAAUCCUCUGGCAUGGGCGUUGGCGUCGGCGUCGGAAUGAACGUUGGCAUGGGCGUCGGUACGAUGCAAUUUCCCCUCGCGCAGAGGCGGAAGCGUCGAGUUCUCUUCACCCAGGCCCAGGUCUACGAGCUCGAAAGGCGCUUUAAGCAGCAAAAGUACCUAAGCGCGCCCGAAAGGGAGCAUCUUGCUUCCCUCAUUCAUCUCACGCCAACGCAGGUCAAAAUCUGGUUUCAAAAUCAUCGAUACAAAUGUAAGAGACAAGCCAAAGAAAAGGCGAUGGCCGAACAGAACGCUCAAAAUCAGAGCGCGAGCUCACCACGGCGGGUAGCGGUGCCGGUACUGGUGAAGGACGGAAAGCCCUGCGGGAGCGGAGGCGGAGGCGGAAACGAGGGUAGCCGCGGCGGGCCUAGCGCCGCCCUGGCGAGCCCCGCACCCCACAUGACGGCGGCCUCGAGUCCCCACGGCUCACACCAUGCCGCCUCCUCCUCGGUGUCGCAUCAUUCGGUGGUGGGAGUGAGUCACGUGAUGACCUCCAGUCAGAGCCUCCAGCAUUGCUCUUACACACGGACGGGAGCCCAGCAGAGCAUGCAACAGCAGCAGCAACCGCAGUGCGGCGCUUAUCUACCCUUGCAGAGCCGGGCUUGGUAGUGCGCGCCAUCCGCGGCGGGGGCCGCGGCCUACGCCAAUCCCUCCGUUACGGGCCCAUGGACCCUCGCCGCGGAUACUGCAGCUGCCUGGUACUCCAUUCCCGACGACAGCAACUAAAGGACGAAUGGAACGGACCGCGAGCAAUCGUCUUUUAUAUCGAUCGAUCCCUCGAUCGAUUCCUGAUCAACGUAAUUUUUUUAUCCAACUCUGCUAUGGCCUUCCUUACGAAGUCUAGUAGACGUAAGACAUACAAUUUUCGCGGCCCGCUCUUCAAGGACCUUUUCAACGAUUUUGCCUCGUCAAUAUUCUCGGGAAUGAUCUAAGAACGGAGGAUGUGCGCGAAUUAUUUCUUAUCGGACGUUAAAGUCGCAUGGUGAUUUUAGUGGAAAAAAAAGAAACGCCGACUCGAAAAACGCGCGAGUGAACGGACAAACAGAAUAGAAUAUCUAAUAAUCGUUUACUUUACCCUACGCCUACCUUAUCAACGAUUUCACGUGCGUCAUCACCAAAGUUCGAUCGAACGGCGAUCUCGUAAAGACGGCCAUCGAUCGUUCGUCGAUUAUGUGAGAUAUUCGGCGAUGACGAGCAAUGUAAAUUUCGCUUAGACGCGAAUGCAAACAAUCAGUCAUCGUUUUUACGUGUACGUCGCAAAAGAAGCUUUCUUACAAGUCGACCUUUCAAUCGGCGAUAAAGGAUUUUAAUUUUAAGAGUCUAUCCUUUAGCGUAAAUUAGUUUUUUAAUCUUUCUGAUAAAAUCGGAGAUGUAAACAAAAGUGCUCCGUAUUCUUUAACGAAAGAUCAAAAGUUUUUUCUUUCUUUUUUUUUUUUGUUUUUUCCCCGAAAAGAAAAAAGAAAAUCCCUUCCAUUUAACUUCCUUUUUCGUAAAGAAGAUUUGCAAAACUCUGAGAAGAAAGAACAUACCAUUUUAUAUCGCAAUGUUCCAAUUUACUUGUCUCAAAGGCACGAACGAAGGUAUCGAUUUCAAUUACGCGAAACCGUACACCCAGUGUCGGCGCACAUUCACUGACUCGAUUUCACCGAACGCGGAACGCGAGACGCAUUCGUUCAACAUUGUUGUAUCGGUGAAUACAGGAGUCCCCACGAGCCUGUUGCCAACGCAACCCGUCUGCUUUGUGUCGCUAAUCGAGUCGAUCUAAUUGAAAUCCAAAUUUGCUUUGAUUGUCACUCAACGUUAGUGGAGUUAACCGUUGGCGUUCAUUGAUCCCCAUCUAACGCUAACAAUCUGUAUAAAAUUCUAGGACAUAUAGUUUUUUAUUUUCUUUCCACCCCUCUCCCAUAUAAAAAAAAAAAAUACAAAUCUUUACGCCCAUUCUAAUUUAUUUGUUAAUCGAGAAUUGUUCGCGUAAAGAUAAUUUUUCUCCAUUUAUUAUUAUUUUUUUCUUUUUUUCAAUGAAAUCAAGACGUCGAUAUUUUCGAGACAUUAUUCCUCGAAAGUUCGACCGUACGAAAUUCAACAAUGAAGAAGAAGAAAAAUAAGAAAAAGAGGAAGAGGAAGAGGAAGAGAAAGAAGAAGAGGAAGAAGAAGCAGAAGAAGAAAAAAAAGGAGAGAAAUGUUCUCGCAGAGGUAGAAGGGAAGCUUUUUUAAAAGCGACUAAGUCACGUCGAUCGUGGCCGUCGCACGAGAAUUUAUUCGAUGAAGCUUGACGCAACCGAUUCUGAAUAUGUCUAUUCCAUGAGGGAUUUCUUUAGAAUCGCGUCUACUUCACACUUUACCUUCCCCUCUUUCUCCCUUUUUCUUUCUCCCUUGAAAGCACAUGCUCGCAGCAACUACUGUCUAAGAGAAAGAGAAGGGAAGGAAAUCGCGUAGAUUCUGCAGUAGAUACAUAUAAUUUAUUCGUUUCAACGGACCGCGUCGAUAGAAACUAGAGAAAGAAAGGAAGAAGGAAAGAAAUGAAGAAAGAGAGAGAGAAAGAGAGAGAGAGAGAGAGAUAGAGAGAAAGAGAGAGAGAGAGAGAGAUAGAGAGAAAGAGAGAGAGAGAGAGAGAGAUGUUCGCACUAACUCGCACGAUAAUACUCCUUUUCCACCUUUUUUUCUUGUGAAAGCACACGUACGCGAGAUAAAAAGCUAGAAAAAGACAAAAAUCCAUCUUUUUCUUCUUUACGUUAGCGAACGCGAGAGACUAGAAAGAAACAGGGAAAGAAAUAAAGGGAGAAAGAGAGAAAGAGAGAGAGAGAAAGAGUAGGAGAAGAGAAAGCGGAGGGGACGAGAACGUUUCGCGUUCGUGCCACGUACUGUGAUAACGAGGUCACAGAUGAGGACUUAAGGCGAAUGUAAAUAUACGCUUAGGGAGCAUAGGUACACGUGCGGUCGCGCGCACAAAGAAUAUACGGUCCCUCAUACAUACGUAACACACAUACACGUACAUACAUUCACAGAGUUUUACAUACAGACGCACAAUUGUAUGCUUGUGAGCAAACAACCAAGCAAGCAAGCAAGCACGUGAGAGAGAAAGAGACGCAUACACAUUCACACAUACAAACACGCAAGCGCGCACACACAUGCGCGGAUACACACAUACAUGCAUGCAAAAAGGGGAGACUAUCUCUUUCGCGGUGCAUCACAGAGUUGAUAUUUUUUCUUUUCCAACUUUUUUUCUUGUAAAGAUUUUAAAUCGACUUACGGAAGCGCGUCGUUUGCACAUUGUAACAACGAAUUUCAGAGAGAAAGAAAAAAAGAAAGAGAAAAUAAAUGAGAAGUUUAUUAUUGUAUUAAUGAAAAGUAAUUAAAACAAAAAAAUAAAUAAAUAAAUAAAUAAAUAAAAACAAAAAACGCUAGAAAACAAGCAUUAUUGACAUUAAGAUAAUUGAUUUAAAUGAAGCAAAGAAACAAAGCAAAACAAAAUAAGUAAAUAAAUAAAAAAAAGAGGUAAAAGGCACAUCGAUCGAUGAUAGCAAGUAGAAGGUGUGACGGUGAUGAAGAUUUAGAGAUUAUUAUAAAAAAGUUUUGUAAAUAAACGACAGAGAUAUUAAUAAAACGAUACUUAUGCAAACAUCGAAAA